CACUGCACCUUCUCAGCACUGCAGCGUCUCACUGUCGCCCUCUGCUGGUGAAUGGCAGAGCAACAAUAUUAUAAGUGCUAAUAUUAAUUAAUACUAAUAUUGAUAUUACAUUAAAUCGUAACGAGUUGAACAUUUGCUACAUAAGAUUAUAUAGAGUAAAAAAGAAAAACAUUAAAAAUGAAACACGAUAGGUAUAAAACAAUGUGUAUUAACAGGAAAGCACAGUGUUCUGAUAAAUUAUAGUCUUAAUUACUCAUUAAAGAUUAAGUAUACAAAAUGUGACGUCUUUAAAAUGUGACGUGACUCCAGUUUAGUUAAUAAAUGUAAAAGUUUCCUAACUUUGUAAAAGUUUCCUGGCCAAAACAACACCGUGUGGAAACAAAGGUUCCGCUCUUGUUUCCGGCGGAACAUUUUCCCUGAAGGACCCUACUUUGAAUACAAGGAAGUGUUGGGAAUGUAGCUCACUGUUUUGAGUUGGAGGAUAUAAAGUGAAAGGUCAUAUUAAAACAGAUUGGCUUGUCACAGUGAGACAUGUCAGAACAUGUUGAAGUUUGACCUGUGUGGAUCAAUAAUCUCCAACUGAAGAAUCUCACCAUGGAGGGAACUUCCAGAAGUGACGCUGCUGGCCAGCUGUCUGUCGCAGCACAGGUUCCUUUCCUUCACCUGUGUACCACUUUAGAGAAAAUCCAGAAGUCUAAACUCCGUCCAGAUAAAUCCAAGAUCCUUGGGGAUUUCAUUGCAUCAUGGAGGAAGUUUCAUUCUGCCCUCCACAAGGACAAGCCCAAAACAACAGACUCUUUCUACCCAGCUAUGCGCCUCAUAGUCCCCUCUUUUGAACGCGAGCGGAUGGCAUAUGGCAUCAAAGAGAACAUGUUAGCUAAACUGUACAUCGACGUACUAGGCCUUCCAAAGAAUGGCCCGGAGGCCAAUAAACUGCUGAACUACCGAGCUCCAUCUACAUCCCAAGGAGAAGCUGGAGACUUUGCGGGCAUGGCGUACUUUGUGCUGAAGAAACGGUGCACCAGCCAAGGCAACCUCAGCAUCAAAGAAGUCAAUGACUUUCUGGACUCGGUGGCCAUGAACAACGCCAGCAAUCAGAAGGAUCUUGUGAAAAAGAGUCUCCUGCACCUCAUCACCCAGAGCUUGGCUCUAGAGCAAAAAUGGCUCAUCAGAAUGAUCCUGAAGGACAUGAAGCUCGGGAUCAGCAAAGAAACUGUUCUCCAGGUUUUCCACCCGGACGCUGCUGAGCUCUACAAUGUCAACACAGACUUGAACAAGGUGUGCCAGCAGCUCCACAACCCGUCUGUUUCUUUAAGCGAAGUCUCCAUUGGACUCUUCUCUGCCUUCAAGCCCAUGUUGGCAGGUGUGGCUAACAUCCGCAAUGUGGAGAAACAGAUGGGCAACAGCCCCUUUUACAUCCAGACCAAGCUGGACGGGGAGCGUAUUCAGCUGCACAAAGAUGGAGACGUGUACAAAUACUUUAGCAGGAAUGCUUUUGAGUACACGCAGCAGUUUGGAGCAUCUGCACUUGAGGGCUCACUAACUCCUUACAUCCACAAUGUUUUCAAAAGCCACGUCGUGAACUGCAUCCUCGACGGUGAGAUGAUGGCGUACAACCCAAGCACAGAGAACUUCAUGCAGAAAGGGAGCAAGUUCGACAUCAAGAGGCUGAUGGAGGACUCCGAGUUACAGACGUGCUUCUGCGUGUUUGACGUGUUGUUAGUCAAUGACCAGAAGCUUGGCAAGGAAACACUGAAGAAACGCUACGAAACCAUUCAGACAGUUUUCACCCCAGUCAAGGGAAGGAUUCACCUGGUGCCACAGACCGAAGCCAGAACCGUGCAAGAAGUGGUGAACGCCCUCAAUGACGCCAUAGACAGCAGAGAAGAAGGGAUCAUGGUGAAGGAUCCGUUAUCCAUCUACAAACCUGACAAGCGAGGGGAGGGAUGGCUGAAAAUAAAGCCAGAAUACGUUGAUGGAUUGAUGGAUGAGCUUGACCUGCUGAUUGUCGGCGGCUACUGGGGGAAAGGGAGACGGGGUGGUAUGAUGUCCCAUUUCUUAUGUGCCAUUGCUGAAGCUCCAAAGCCUGGCGAGAAACCUUCACUUUUCCACAGCUUCUGCCGCAUCGGCUCUGGGUAUACCAUGAAGGAGCUGUAUGACCUCGGUUUGAAGCUAGCCAAGCACUGGAAAGUUUACCGGAAGAACGACCCGCCGGCGUCCAUCCUGUGCGGCACAGAGAAGCCAGAAGCCUACAUCGAACCCUGCAACUCUGUCAUCGUCCAAGUCAAGGCGGCCGAGAUAGUCGGGAGCGACAUGUAUAAAACCAACUGUACCCUCCGCUUCCCCAGGAUCGAGAAGAUCCGUGAUGACAAGGAGUGGCACCAGUGCAUGACUCUGGCAGAGCUCGAUCAGUUCCGCAGCAAGGCGUCGGGGAAACUCGCCUCUCGCCACCUUCACAUCAACGACAACGAACCGCAAAAGAAGAAGCGCAAGGUGGCAGCCAAGCCCAAGAAGGUGGUCGGGCUCAUCGACCACUUCAAGCCUCAGGACCUCUCCGGGGUUACCAAGGAGACGGAUAUGUUUGAAGAUGUGGAGUUCUGCAUCCUGAACGGCACCGAGGAUCACCCCAAGGCCGAGCUGGAGAAGGGCGUGGCCAGGUGUGGAGGAAUCGUGGUUCAAAACCCAGGACGGGACACCUACUGCGUGAUUGCCGGCAUGGAGAACAUGCGUGUGAAGAACCUGAUUUUGUCCAACCAGCACGACGUGGUUUGGGCCUCAUGGCUGCUGGAGUGCCUGGACCAGAAGGAAGUGGUGCCAUGGCAACCACACCACAUGAUCCACAUGUCGCCCUCCACCAGGGAACACUUUGCCAAGGAGUACGACAGCUACGGCGACAGCUACUUCGUGGACACAGACGAGCAACAGUUGCGAGAGGUCUUCGGCAGGAUCGGCGGUGGUGGCGUGGCGGCGGCAGCGGCUGCGGCUGUGGACGUGGCGCAGGUCGAGCAGCGUUACAGCUGGGACGACCUUCCCACCAGUAUGUUCAGACCCUUCACAGUUUACAUGGACAGCUAUGCUGACGUAGGAGACCCUGAAACUGCCAUACCUGCCACCUGUUUGGACAUCCGGGCGCUGGAGUUUCGAUACCACGGAGGCACAGUGGUGCAGGAGUUGGAGGAAGGAGUCUCUCACGUCAUCAUCACAGAGGAAACACGACUUCUGGAUUUCAAAACUCUGAGGCGGCGCUUUAGGAAGAAGUUUAAGAUCGUAAAAGACUCAUGGGUGACUGAUUCAAUCGAAGCAGGGUAUGUGAUGAAUGACGAUAACUACUUGGUUUAAUGAGGUGAUAUAUACAGAUUUAAGACACUGGAGGAAUAUCCUGUUUUUAUCAAGCAUUUUAAUUCAUCCUUAAUAAGAUUAUUAAUAAACACUUAAAGAAAAGCUGAACAAUUAAAAACUCACCAUCAACAUUAAGGAUGAGAUAAGAGGUUUUAAGACGUGACUUUACAGGGAUGUUACUUCACUUACUUUCAUGCAAAGUUGAUGAGUUUUAUCUUCUGUUUUUAAUGAGUAAAGCUGCUUGUUAUUAGUUUUAAAUGAAAAUGCCACUGUAAAAAUCAGGAGGGUAAUGAUUGGUUUUUCAGUUCAGAAAGUUAGAGUUGCAUUAUGAGAUAUCACAGAAGGUGUUUUUGGUUUCUCUUUAAACCUUUAGCUGAGUAACAUUUACUGGAGAGGAGAAGAGGUUUUCCACUUUAUCAAAACUGAAACACUACGUAUGAUUUCUGGGAAUAUAAAGGUUCUGUUUCUCAAAAUACUUUUAACUGUUCUUAGAUUUGAACUUAUCCAAUCCACAGCGGACUAAUGUAAAUCAGUAAAGCCUGGGGAACAGAUGAGUGCACAACGACUAGGGAAUACUCCACCAGGAAUAUGGCCCAUUCUUAUUGUUUCAAUUUAAAUGGGCAGUCCAGUGAUUUAGUAUCGCAAGAUUGGUCAAAAUUGAAGCAACAGAAGCCGAGACAUUCGGAUUUUUAGUACAAUGUAGGGGUCAAACUCCUAUAAGCAUCCUAUAUUUCCCAAAAUGCAACUGGAUAGCGUCUUUGUUAGACCCUCCUUGAUAGGUGGUGGCCUUUUGAUAAAAGGAAACAAUGAAAUUCUUUCUCUGCCUUUGUGCUUUUAUGUCUGUGUAAUUACUAAAUUAAGUACAACCCUAAUAAGUAAUUUGAUUUGGUAAAAAAUAGCAUUAACAUUGACUGUUUGAGUGACUAAGGAAUUUAAAAAAAUUGGUAAUUAACUUAAAAAGGAGCGUCUGUGUGAAGUGAUGGCCUCAGCUUUGUAGCGUGAGCUCAGCUGGCAGAGAGAGAGACCGAGGGACACCACAGGGGUACGUUAAAACCGGUUCAGCUCAAGGCCCUCCAACAAAGAUGUCUCCAUGUUUUCCUGUCUUCAAAAAUGUCAGCAAUGUGUCUUGGGACUCAUUGAUAUGUUAUAACCUUCAUUACCAACGCCUCUUGGGUGCAGGUAGCUACCUGAGGUGUUGUGGGCAUUGUUGUGCCCAAAUGCCGUAUGAAUACAUUUUCAAAGUGGAAGUGAUGAGGCACCGGUUCUUAAUCAUAUAGUGUGAAUAAUGGCUCGAAUUGACAUGCAGGGUUUGUGGGUUUAAGUUUUUAUAAUUUUCAUUAAAAUUCAACUUUUACGACAUUUGUGCCAGUUUAGGAACAGUUUUUAUUUAUUUAUUAUUUAUAAAGUUAUGCCUCUUGAGAGAAAAAUCAUCUCCAUUAUUGGUUAAAAAAAUUAUAAUGUGCUUCAGUAAGCACUCUGUAACCCGCCGCCCACUCUGGACUAUUUCCAGGUGAUGCAGAGUGAGCGUUUGAUUGACAGGCUUUAAUUAGAGGUACUCGUCCAGCGUUUGUUCCUGUGUGCCUUCUGAAUGUGAAGCAUUGUGUCACUGCAGCACAGCUGUUUGUAUUGAAUAGUCCAACUGCUGGUCCUCUGAAAGGUUUCACAGGAGCAAAUGAUUAGUCCUAAGGAUGUGGAUAUGAAAACAGUAGCAGAAAAAAAAAACAGCCGCUGAAAGCUAGCAUUGCAGAAAUACCAUGUCCUAAUGGGAUAAAUGCCCUAAUUAGACUGGCCGUAGCUGUUGGAGAGCAGAAUGGCAAGUUCGCUGGACACAAGCAGAAACAAAUGAAGCGGGCCCCUAGACAACCAGCAGCUGCGUGCACUCAGCUGAAAUAAAUGAGCUCCUGCAGAGACCAAACACAGGCUCAUGGCUGCAGGGAGGGUUUGUCUGCAGCAAUUAGCGCGGCCCACCCUCAAUGAAGAAAUUCAGCAACUCAAGCUCCGUAAACAAGGGGUAUAAGGUUCAUAAAUCAGUGACAUUUGACCAAAAUCGAAGUCUGCUAAACUGGUCAUGGUUGAUUCGACUCAGAUUUACAAACUGCAUCAGUAAAAGUUAGAAUCAGUCUCAGGCUCUGAAUUACAGCAUCUAAUACAUUUUUAUAAGCUCCCACUUGCUUUGGGGAAAAACAUUUGUUUGUAGAAUAAGAGCCCUUACUUUAAAUCUUUUUCACUGUGGAGAACGGAGCCACUGGUGACAAUACAAACUAUCUGCCUGGACAAUGUACAAGCAGGUAAAAGCAAGUUUUUGCAUAAUAGAAUAGAAUAGAAUAACAGAACCACAAGUAACAAUUGGUUUUUAGUAACAACACCGGUAAGCUUUUUUCUUUAUAAAGGAAAAGGGCUUGUGACCCCUUUCAGAAAUGUGCUUAUUCGUUUUUGGUAUUGUGAUUUUUUUUUUUUUUUUUCAAAAGAGAUGAGAUGAGAAGAUCAAUACCAAUCUCAUAUGUACUGGGUAUGAAGCUAGAGCCAGGAGACGGCUAGUUUUGAUGUUACACUUUGCUUUUUAGAAUAAAAAAAGAUGCAACAUGUUAAUUGUGAGCUUUAGUUGUGCUUGCAGGUGGAUUUUACCUUUGGUCAGAGCCAUGCAGGCUAGCUCUUUCCCCCUGCUUUCAGUCUUUAUGCUAAGCUAAGCUAACUGACUCCUACCUCGAGCUUCAUACAGGUAUUUACAAAAGUAAGUUUUGGCCAAAAAACAAACCGUCUAAUACAAAUUGCAUUCAUUUAUUACUGUUCUAAGAGACUUGAGACUUGCUUUAAUUGUGCAAUCUGUCACAAUAAACCUCAUGUCUGCUUUAAUUGUUCUCAAAAUUAUCUCUGAGUGGUAAUGGAGUCGUCAGAACUCACUGAUUUUUAAUGUUUUUGCUGCAUCACCAUGUAACGAUAAGAAAUAAAUGAAAACAAGUGCACAACAGCAGCCUG